GUUUAACUCUAACCCAACAUCUCUAACUCACCCACGACUCUUCUUCGUUUUCCUUCUUUCGGCUGUCUUGCUUUUUGUCUGGAACUCCUCUUCAAAAAUGCCAUAGUUACACCAUGGAACAUGAAUCUCCUGUGCCAUCAAACACAAACAACUUAGCAAUAUUCCAAAAUCAAGAGAGAUUCCCCGUAAUUAGAUUGCUCCGCCUUUCUCGGCAAACUGCAGUUUUGCGCAAGGGUUAGUUUUUUUCAGUUUUCUAUCUGGUGAUCUCCUCCGGCGGCGACCCGGUGCCGGCACGGGCCUCUGGCCUUACCGGUGCGUGGUGGUUGCUGCCGGAUGGGUGGUUGAUGGUCUUGUCUUGGUGGAGAAGAAGCAAUUGUGAUCGAUCUACUGCUAUGGGACUGUUUUGUGGGUGCGUUGGCCGGCAAACCAUGGCUGUGCAGAAGGGAUUCCGGUGGGGCUUCGACGGUGAGGGGCUGGGUUGUUGGCGGUGGAACCAAGUUGAAUAGAGCCAAUGCCAAGUAUGUAUGUGAUUGGAAAACAAGUACUAUAAGCAGCUGGGUUCAAUGAUGUGAUGUGGGUUUUUGAUGGUUUCUCUCUUCGAAGAGAUACCCUGAGUUAGAGUUGGGUUAGAGAUACACACGGGGGGUUGUAGGCUGGUAAGAGAGGGUUAGGCUGAGGAGACCAAAAAAUUCCACCUGUCAAACUUGAUAGGGAGACAGGGAAGGGGAUAGGAAACUGGGGACAGAAGACUUGAAGCCAAUAUUUCCAUUUUCCAGGUCUUCCCUCCAAUAAUGUUAUUAUAACAUCCCCAAACUUCCACAACUGGUUUGCUUUAAUUUCCCACCUCUUAAAAACCAAAUGGAUCACAUCAUUUUCUAAUCAGCUUGUUUUGUUCUGAAUCAUCAUCCCCCAUGGUUCCAAGUUCUAACACAGCUCUGAAACAGUUAAGCCUCCAUAUCCAAAUGACUACACUAACCCCGAAACCUUCUCUCAUUUUCCGCACCUUCUUCAUCUUCUUCAUCCAUGCAAACUCUCAGUCCCUUCAGGACAAGGAAUUAUCAGUCCUGCUUAAAUUAAAGUCAUAUUGGCUACCUCCACCAGCUUUCAGUCAUUGGACUUCAUCAUCAGACUCUGGUUCCCACUGUAACUGGCCUGAGAUCAACUGCACCGGAAACUCCGUCACCGGAUUGAAUCUCAACACCGUAAACCUCAGCCUUCAAGUUCCACCCUUCAUUUGUGACCUCAACAACCUCACACACCUUGACCUUGGUAAUAACUACCUCCCGGGAGGUUUUCCUUCGUCUCUCUACGACUGCUCCAAGCUAGAGUAUCUAGACCUCUCGCAAAACUACUUUGUGGGUACAAUUCCUAAUGGCAUCGACGGAUUGCCUAAGCUUAAGAUCCUCAACCUCGCCGGUAACAACUUCUCCGGUGACAUUCCGGCGUCUAUUGGGAACUUACAGGAGCUGGCUACUUUGGAUAUAUACAUGAACCAGCUCAACGGCUCUGUCCCUGCUGAAAUAGGUGACCUCUCCAAUCUUGAGCAACUCUGGCUCUCUUGGCUUCCCAAAAUGGCGCCAUGGAAGCUGCCUUUUAACUUCACCAAGUUGAAAAAGAUGAAGAUAUUGAAGAUACGCGAAGCAAAUUUGAUUGGGGAAAUACCAGAAUCUAUUGGAGAACUGGAAGCACUUGAAGUAUUGGAUUUGGCGCAGAACAAGUUGAGCGGGAAUAUACCAAGCGGUGUGUUUCUGUUCAAGAACUUGAGCAUUAUAUAUCUGUUCAAGAACAGGCUUUCAGGGGAGAUUCCUCAAGUGGUUGAAGCACUCAACUUGAGCAUCGUUGACAUCUCAGAGAACACUCUCACAGGGCCGAUACCACAAGGUUUCGGAAACCUUACCAAGUUGACAGAUAUGAGUUUGUUCUACAAUGGUAUUUCAGGUGAGAUUCCAGAGAGCAUUGGCCGCCUGCCAAAUCUUGUGAUUUUCAAAAUGUUCAACAUGAACUUGUCAGGAACAAUUCCUCCAGAGCUUGGAAAGCAUUCGCUGCUUGAAGAUUUCCAGGUUUCGGUGAAUAGGCUUACCGGAAAGCUGCCAGACGGCUUGUGUAAAAAUGGUAAGCUUGUGGCAGUUGUUGCUUAUGAGAAUAGUCUCACUGGGGAGCUACCAAGCUCUCUUGGAAAUUGUGAUAGUCUGCUGGUAGUCAAUGUCUAUGAUAACGUGCUAUCUGGGGACAUUCCUAGUGGUAUGUGGAAUGCAUUGAAUUUGAGUUAUGUGAUGAUGAGCAACAAUUCGUUCACGGGUGAGCUUCCUGAGAAGAUGUCAUAUAAUCUUCAAAGGCUGGAAAUCGGAGAUAACAAGUUUUCAGGUCAGAUUCCAAGAGGGGUGUCUUCCUGUAAGAAUCUGCAAGUUUUUGAUGCUGGUAACAACCUCUUCAAUGGUAGUAUUCCUCAGGAAUUAACUACUCUUCCGAGCUUGACGACUCUGACCCUGCAUCAGAAUCAGCUUAGCGGGCCCCUUCCGUCAGAUAUUGUAUCAUGGAAGUCACUAAACACUCUUGAUCUGCGUAGAAAUCAGCUCUCCGGACCAAUUCCAGAGAUACUUGGUGGUUUGCCCGCCCUUACUGAAUUGGACCUUUCUGAAAACCAGUUUUCAGGCCAAAUUCCAAAUCAACUUGGCCAUCUGAAACUCAAUGAGUUCAACCUCUCUUCAAAUCUCCUCUCUGGCGAGAUCCCAAUUUCAUUUGAAAACUCUGCGUAUGAGAGAAGCUUCUUGAACAACACCGGUCUCUGUGCAAGCACCAGUGGUGUGAAUCUCAAUAUAUGCUCUCAAUCGCCAAAGUCCAGCAAGAUUUCAAUUCGGUCUCUUGCUUUGAUCUUAAGUCUAAGCGCGGUGUUGUUCGUGUUGGUUUUGUCCUUAUUAAUCUUCUUUGUUAGAGGUUACUUGAGGAGGAAGGAUGGAUCAGACGCAGACUGGAAGCUCGUUGCAUUUCAGAGGUUGAAUUUCACCAUCUCACAAAUCUUGUCAGGGUUGAUAGAAAGCAAUGUGAUUGGAAGUGGUGGAUCAGGGAGGGUCUAUCGUGUACCUGUGAAUCGUACAGGUGAUGUUGUAGCUGCGAAGAGGAUUUGGACCAACAAGAAGAUCAUGGAGGAGAGGCUUGAAAAAGAGUUUCAUGCAGAAGUCAAGAUACUGAGCUCAAUUCGACAUGCUAACAUAGUGAAGCUAAUGUGCUGCAUAUCCAGUGAGACUUCGAAACUUCUUGUAUAUGAGUACUUAGACAAUCGAAGCCUAGAUCGAUGGUUGCACAAGAAAAACAGGCCAUACCUAUCCAACCUCUCAAGUUCAGUCCAUCAUGUUGUUCUGGACUGGCCUAAGAGGUUGCAGAUUGCAGUGGGAGCUGCUAAGGGCCUCUGCUAUAUGCAUCAUGACUGUGUUCAACCCGUUGUGCAUCGAGACGUGAAAUCAAGUAACAUUUUAUUGGACUCUGAUUUCAACGCAAAAAUAGCAGAUUUUGGUCUGGCCAAGAUGUUGGUCAAGCAAGGAGACCUUGCCACAAUGUCAGCUGUUGCUGGUUCCUUUGGCUACAUGGCUCCAGAAUAUGCACAUACCAGAAAAGUGAAUGAAAAGAUCGAUGUAUAUAGUUUCGGGGUCAUCCUGCUGGAGUUGGCAACUGGUAAGGAACCCAAUGAAGGUGAUGAAAACACUUCUCUCGCCGAAUGGGCGUGGCGUCAUGCUCAAGAAGGCAAACCUAUCGACAGUGUUCUGGACCAGGACGUCAAAGAACCCUGUUACUUGGAUGAAAUGUGCGCUGUUUUCAGACUCGGCAUCAUGUGCACCGAGACACUUCCUACUAAUAGGCCUUCUAUGAAAGAGGUUUUGCAGAUCUUGGUUCGAACUAGUCCUCCUCCAGUUCGCAGGGAAAAGACUGAAUAUGCCGCUGCUCCUCUCCUCAAGAACUCGAGGCGAGAGAGAGUUUUGGAAGAUCAAGAUGGUUUGGCAACGAAUGUGUGAUACGCCCAUGAUCCCCUGGUUAGCUACUGACCAUGGAUCAUUUGGUCAGUCACCAUCUGAUUUCAAUCAAACAGUGACUGGCCAAAUGAUCCAUGGUCAGUACCUAACUAGGGGAUCAUGGGCGUUAUCACACAUUCGGUGCCAAACCAUCUUGAUCUUCCAAAACGUUUCAUCACUUAUCUGUCAGCCAUCCGAUUUCAAUCGGACAGUGACUGACCAAAUGAUCCCUGGUAACGGGACUAGAGCCCGAAGUGGACACCAAUAAAAGGGGAAAUAAGAUGUGUAUGUAGGCUAAUAUGAGAUGCUAGAUAGUGUAUGUUGGCUAAUAUGAGCUGCUUGUAGGCAUUUUAUGAUUUGCGUAUAUAUGUUGAGAUCCCUUAAUAGA